CACCGUAGUGUGAAGUCACAACGCCAAGAUGGCGCUUCCCGUGCGGACAAACUUGAGACAUGUCUUCAGGUUCAUUCAGAAGAUUAAUUCUCCUAAAAGAUCUCUGUGUGGAGCCUGUACGGAAAAUAAGGUAGCUACUGCGGAGCCUCCAGGAGGUGGGCGUGUAUUCUCUGGGAUCCAGCCAACAGGGGUGCCCCACCUGGGUAACUACUUGGGUGCUCUGGAGAACUGGGUGUCCCUGCAGAACCAGUACCCAUCAGUGCUUUACAGCAUUGUGGACCUGCACUCCAUAACACAGCCUCAGGACCCAGCCCAGCUCAGGAGCAACAUUGUGGACAUGGCAGCCAGCCUGCUGGCUUGCGGCAUCGACCCAGAGAGGGCGAUACUCUUCCAACAGUCUCAGGUGUCCGAGCACGCCGAGCUCUCCUGGAUCCUCGGCUGUCUGACCAGCAUGCCUCGCCUCCGACACCUGCCGCAGUGGAAGAUGAAGAGCAAACAAAAAAACGAAGGCAGCGUUGGUCUCUACACUUAUCCAGUCCUCCAGGCUGCCGACAUUCUCCUCUACAAGUCCACACACGUCCCCGUGGGAGAGGAUCAGGUCCAGCAUUUGGAGCUGGCUCAGGAUCUCGCUCGCAUCUUCAACAACCGCUACGGAGACCUGUUCCCUGAACUUUGCGCUCUAAUGAGCUCUACACGAAAGAUAAAAUCCCUCCGCGACCCCUCAGCUAAAAUGUCCAAGUCUGACCCCCAAACGAUGGCGACGAUUACCAUCACAGACUCUCCCGAUGACAUCGCCCUCAAGGUCCGCCGCGCCGUCACCGACUUCACCUCUGGGGUCACCUUCGACCCGGAGACACGGCCAGGUGUAUCCAACCUGGUGACGAUCCAUGCCGCCAUGGCGAUGAUCAGCGUAGAGGAGGCGGUGUCCGAGGCCAGAGGGUUGGACACGGGAGCAUAUAAGAAGCUGGUAGCAGAGGCUGUGAUCCAGAGGCUAACGCCCAUCAGAGAGGAGAUCGAGAGGCUGAGGUCGGACCGGGCUCACCUGGAGAGAGUGCUAGCCCAGGGGACCCAAAGGGCUCGAGAACUGGCCGCACCUGUGCUCAGAGAGGUCCGACAGCGAGUUGGAUUCUGCUGAAAAGCAGCUGGGUUGGAAAACGAUGGUCAUGUUUGCACUGCAGGCCUUUAACACUGAAUGCUGCAGAUAUCAAAUUCUAUUAAUGACUGUUUACAUCUAUUCUAGGAUGUAACUGUGUUAUUAUCAACAUGUGUUGAGAGCAAUGUGGAAAAGACCCAACUGAAGAGAAAUAGAAGAAAAGAGAAACAGAAGAAAGUCACUUAUUGUUUUUAUAUAUGUUCUUUUCAAACUUGUUCUCAGCAUAUCAGUGUUGUUGUAGGUGCCUUUGACUUUUGGCUGUAUUAAAGGGAAAAUCCACUUAAUUACAAGUUGGAGCUUUUCAUUGGUUUGGCCAUUGUUUCUAUUCACCAAGUUGAUUGCUGAGAUCUCAGAAUGCUGCAACAUUGCUAAGAAGAAGUGAGACGAAGGCAAGAAACACAAGCAGAUGUUUAAACCCCCACUAUGAUCAUAUUUAUUUAGAAGGAGAGAAGAAAGGUGAAUGGUAUUGUCUGUUGUAAACAUCCAUCACACUUCACAGAAUCACUUUCACUUUGACAUAUCUCACAUACUGUAGUUUUUUUUUUUAGUUUUUCCUUGAAAUAAAGUGCUUAUGAUAUUCCGGCUAAACUGGCGGCUUAUUGGACUUUGUCAUAGUGAUGUCACCUUGUUCCAAGAUUCCAGCAAUUACUGGUGAGUACAAUGUUAUCAUAACUAAUAGAAACAAUGGCCAAAAACAUUAAAAAUAAGAUUCAAGUUUUAUUAAACCAGAAUGAUCCUUCAAUGUGUUUCCAUGCAGGAAAUAUUUUUAGUUUUUUCCAGUUUUGAGUCUUGUCCAUGUUCAGCUGAUCUGCUGCGCCACCAUAAUUAUAAUAACGACAACUUCCUAACGGGUUUGCAUGUGUUGUCAUGAUGGUCACAUGAAGUCUGGACUGACAAAAAAGAAAAAAUCUUGCUAAUUUGGUUUGAUACAUCUACAGCUGUGAAAUUUAAUGCAAUCUGAUACAACAGACCUACAAUAAACCAUUUGUGAAGCACCUCAA